AAAAUUAAUACAAGAUUUCAUUAUUACAGAUGAAUGCAAGUGUGACAAAUACACAAUCAGAUCAACAUCUCAAGCAAUUAACAAAUGAGAUUAAUGGACAUAAAAAAAGAUCUGAGCACCAAUUAGCUAUACUGGUGCCAUUUAGAGAUCGUUUUGAAGAACUGCUAAUGUUUGUACCACAUAUGCAGAAAUUUUUAGACAAGCAAAACAUAGAUUAUCAUAUAUUUGUAUUAAAUCAGAUGGAUAGAUACAGAUUCAAUCGAGCAUCUCUUAUAAAUGUAGGCUUUUUUGAAACAGAGAAAGCAUUUGAUUACAUUGCAAUGCACGAUGUAGAUCUAUUGCCUAUGAACGAUCAGUUAUCAUACGCAUAUCCAAGUGCACAGCCACAUCACAUAUCAUCACCAGACUUACAUCCCCGAUAUCAUUAUAAUGCUUUUAUUGGUGGUAUACUGCUCAUUAAAAGGGAGCAUUUCAUACAAGUAAAUGGUAUGUCCAACAAAUAUUGGGGAUGGGGACUGGAAGAUGAUGAAUUUUAUCUUAGACUGAAAGAAGCUGGCCUAAGUCCCAGUCGUCCACAAAAUAUAUCAACAGGAGUGCAUAAUAUAUUUAAGCAUAUACAUGAUAGAAAUCAUAGAAAGAGAGAUACAACAAAAUGUUACAAUCAACGGGAAAUAACUAGAAAACGAGAUCGACAGACUGGCUUAAACAAUGUCUCAUAUAAAAUACUGGAUACAAUUAAGAUGACUAUAUCGGAUAUUCCUUUAACAGUGAUCAACAUCUCUCUGUUGUGUGAUAAAUCAAGCACACCUUGGUGCGAAUGUGAAAAACUAGUCGGAUCAAAGGAUCAAGGGAGAUCAAGAGAGAAAAAGAAGACCAUUAUUAGUAAACUUGCUAAUCGAUUAUAAUUAUAAUGCUAGUAAUUUAAUUAUAAUUAAAAUACUAUAAAUGUAUCCAAGCAACACAUUCACAAUUCUUCCAUUUGUUAUGUGUAUGACUUAAAAAUAAAACAGUUCCAUAAUUU